UAAUUGGUUUUUCUGACUAAUUUUUCUUCAUUCAGCCUCGCAUUCUUGUUUCAUUGACGUUCCUUUUGUUUGUAAAUAUUAUCGGCUGGAAAUAGUACGCAAUGUGAAAUUACACGCAUUCCUCGACGGUCUGUACGUUACGUAAACUUUAGAUGUAGCAUACAAGUAGGAAACUAUGUUGGAACAUUUGUCAUAACCUAGUGCUUGUGUUUUGUUAAAUUUCUUUUGACUGUGCCAUUAUGUAAAAGAAUGAUGCCGCCUUUUAGAAGAAAGAAGGCUUCCAAGUCUUUUCCUGUGAAAGUGUGUACAUUAGAUGCAGAGUUAGAAUUUAACCUUGAGUGGAGAGCAACAGGUAGAGAUUUAUUUGACCUGGUGUGCAGGACGAUAGGUCUCCGAGAGACAUGGUUCUUUGGACUGCAAUUCGAAGAUACAAAGCACUUUAUAAGUUGGCUCAAAUUGGACAAAAGAGUACAAGAUCAGUGUGUGUCACAAAUGCCAGGCACUCCGUUCAUGUUACUAUGCAAGCUGUACCCAGAGGAUGUGGCGGAGGAACUGAUCCAGGAGGUGACGCAGCAUCUGCUGUUUCUCCAGGUGAAGCAGGCUAUACUCAGCAUGGAUAUAUACUGCCCACCUGAAGCUUCUGUAUUACUGGCCAGUUAUGCUGUUCAGGCUAAGUAUGGGGAUUACGAUGAGACUGCGUCGAAGCCGGGUAUGCUGGCUAGUGAAGAUUUAUUACCACAGCGGGUGAUUGACCAGUAUCAAAUGACCCCCGAGAUGUGGGAGGACCGAAUUAAAAUAUGGUAUGCCGACCACAAAGGUAUGUCAAGGGAUGAAGCCGAGAUGGAGUAUUUAAAGAUUGCUCAGGAUCUGGACAUGUACGGAGUCAAUUAUUUUGCUAUUAAUAAUAAAAAGGAAACAGAUCUUUACCUCGGAGUGACAGCUCUGGGGCUGAACAUCUACGAGAAGGACAAUAAGUUGACCCCGAAGACCACAUUCCCCUGGUCCGAGAUCAAACAUAUAUCAUUUGAUGACAAAAAGUUUGUUAUCAAGUUUGUAGAUAAGAGUGUCACGAAUUUUAUAUUCUUCUCCCCAAAGGGUAUGAAUAAAUUGAUCCUGGACCUGUGCAUCGGUAACCACGACCUGUACAUGCGGCGGCGCAAGCCCGACACCAUGGAGGUGCAGCAGAUGAAGGCGCAGGCCAAAGAGGAGAAGCAGGUUACCAUUCAUAACUUUGUUACCACUUGUGACAUAAACUACUGAACCGAUGACCACAAA